AUGACAUCAUCUUCUUCGCAACUCUUGACCAAUUGCAUCUACUGCUCAACGAAUUCAUAUGAGCAAUGCUCUCCCCCUCAUCGUCCACAUUCACCACCAAUUCACGGUUCGCCUUCUUCUUCUUAUUACCAAUAUCCCCCCUUUCACAAUAACAUUUCUCCCGAAUUUCAUUAUCAGCAUUAUUACCCAAUCCCACCAGAAUCGUUCUUGUAUCCCCCAUCUCCACCAUAUUCUCCACCAUAUUACGGAUUACAACAAACUGGGAUAAAUCAGAAAAAUCGAAAUAAGACACAAAUAAGAAACGUUUAUGGCCAGUACGACUUUAACGUCGGUGAUGGUGCUGGCAAUCGCAUGAUUGAAAUGACAAAUGGGUGGAUGGGAUAUAACAGAGAAUCAGAGUAUAAUGCCAAAAAAGGAGGGGGAGGAUUGGGAGAGAGUUUGGAGGGGACAGUUAAUGCGUUGGAGGGUUAUGAAUUUUUAUACGAGACGGGCAAUAACGCCAAGGCGGCCAUUGAAAGAUUCACAUUACGACCGCGAAGUCCUUGGACUCAACAGGAGGAUCGUCGUUUACGAGAAUUAUACAACUUGCUCGGUCCACGUUGGUCUAAAAUAGCCACACAAUUAGGAACUUUACGAUGUGGCAAACAGUGUGAAGAGAGGUGA